UUUGAAGUUUUUAACGAAGAUUUUUUUUUUUGGAAAAUGAUAUGCUUGAUUAUUGUUUUUAUUUGACAAGAAAGCCCCCUUUUCUCUUAAACAAGUCCCGUCUAGGUUUCAGUCUGACCCCUCUCCCUGUUCGAGCUCGUCGACGGCAGAGUCUCCGCCGAUUCAACCUACUUCAACAGAUUAGAUUAGUUUAGAGGAACUCAGUUAUGGCUCUGCUAGUAGCUUCUCGUCGUCUUUCAGGCGGAUCGACGACGUCGUCGUUAAUGGUUGGAUCGCUACGUCAUGUUCCUUUUUGGAGAUCGUUUUCAACUUCUUUUAGGGAGGAAAGAGACACAUUCGGGCCCAUCCAAGUUCCCUCUGAUAAGUUGUGGGGGGCUCAAACCCAAAGAUCAUUGCAGAACUUUGAUAUUGGAGGCGAGCGUGAACAAAUGCCAGAACCAAUUAUUCGUUCAUUUGGCAUUCUUAAAAAAUGUGCUGCCAAGGUGAACAUGGAAUAUGGUCUUGAUCCAACCAUAGGGAAAGCAAUAAUGCAAGCAGCCCAAGAAGUGGCUGAUGGAAAAUUAAAUGAUCAUUUUCCUCUAGUGAUAUGGCAAACUGGUAGUGGCACUCAGAGUAACAUGAAUGCUAAUGAGGUUAUUGCGAAUAGAGCAGCUGAAAUUCUUGGCCAUAAUCGAGGUGAAAAGUUUGUGCAUCCAAAUGACCACGUGAACAGAUCACAAUCUUCUAACGACACAUUCCCAACUGUAAUGCACAUUGCAGCUGCAACGGAAAUAAAUUCAAGAUUAAUACCGAAGUUGAAACAGUUACAAACUUCACUACAUUCAAAGUCAGUUGAAUUCAAAGAUAUUAUUAAAAUUGGACGUACCCACACUCAAGAUGCAACACCUUUGACUCUUGGGCAAGAGUUCAGUGGCUACACCACACAAGUGAAGUAUGGAAUUGACCGUGUUAUGUGCACCCUUCCACGAAUUUAUCAGCUUGCUCAAGGUGGUACUGCUGUAGGGACUGGAUUGAACACAAAGAAAGGGUUUGAUGUAAAGAUUGCUGCAGCAGUAUCUGAGGAAACAAACCUACCAUUUGUCACAGCAGAAAACAAGUUUGAAGCACUGGCUGCCCAUGAUGCUUUUGUGGAAUCUAGUGGAGCCUUAAACACAAUUGCUGCUUCUCUGAUGAAGAUUGCGAAUGACAUACGCUUGUUAGGAAGUGGUCCACGUUGCGGCCUCGGUGAGCUCAUUCUUCCUGAAAAUGAACCUGGCAGCAGUAUAAUGCCUGGAAAAGUGAACCCUACCCAGUGUGAGGCUCUUACAAUGGUCUGUGCACAGGUUAUGGGAAACCACGUGGCCAUCACAAUAGGUGGAUCAAACGGCCAUUUUGAGCUGAAUGUAUACAAGCCAAUGAUUGCUAGUGGUCUCCUACGCUCACUGAGAUUGCUUGCGGAUGCAUCAGCUUCUUUUGAAAAGAACUGUGUUAGGGGAAUUGAAGCCAAUAGGGAAAGGAUUUCAAAAUUACUUCACGAGUCACUUAUGCUUGUCACAUCUUUAAACCCUAAAAUUGGUUAUGACAAUGCUGCUGCGGUUGCCAAGAAAGCCCACAAGGAGGGAAGUACAUUGAAGGAAUCUGCUUUAAAACUUGGAGUACUCACCAGUGAAGAAUUUGAUAAACUUGUAGUGCCGGAGAAAAUGAUUGGUCCUUCUGACUGAGAAACUAAGAUAAUUUAAAAAUAGAAGAAAUUGUCUGCAGACUUUAGCAUGAAUGCAGUGCUAUACCCGUUGUGCAAUGUUCUCUUCUCAGUCUGUAUGUGGAAUAAAGAUCCAGUGGCGAUUUCAUUUUUAUAAGAAAACAAUAUUCUUGAGGUUUUCCUUAAUUGUUCGGCUUUUGUCUUUUCGAACAUUCAGGCCAUAUGGCAGUUGGUAACUGUAAUAAGGGGAAAGCCUCCCACAUUUUUGUAACAGUGGAUUAGAGGAAUAUACACAUCAGAAUGAAAUAAAAUAUUCUUAGGCAGGGAAUUAAUUUUCCCUAUGAUUUUCUUCUUAUAA